UUUUUUUAAUUUUUUUUUUUUAAAAAAAAAAAAAAAAUGACGAAAGGACUGUCUCUAAAACAAGAUUUAAGAUUAUUAAUAAAUAAUCGUGGUAUAGAAUUUUUAUGUGAAGAUGAAAAGAAAUUACAUGCUUAUAGAGCAAUUUUAGCUGCAAGAUCCGAAGUAUUUAAUAAGUUACUUUAUAAUGGGAUGAAGGAAACUUAUGAAAAUCAAAUUUCUUUUCCAAAAAUUAAUUCUGCUGGAAUGGAGAUUAUAUUAGAAUAUAUUUAUACUGGAUCAGUUAAAAGAGAAUCUUUAACAAAAGAUAAUACAAUUGAAGCUUUUUUAUUUUCAAUUAUCAGUCCUUCAAGAUUUUAUUAUGAAAACCAUUAAGAGUACUAAUUUGCAAAAAAUUAUUCUCCAGAGUUACUAUCUAAAGUAUCAGAAACAGUGCCGUUAACGGAAGAUAAUAUUAUUCUCAAUUUAUUAGUUGAAACAGUAGCAAACAUACCAUUAAUCAGUAUUGAGU